AUGAAUUGGAGUUCAUGGAUCGAUUUGAACGGUGUAUUUGUUGAACUACCAAUAAUGAUUUCAUUUAUACCUGAAGGUUGGAGAAUUCCAUCAAUAGUAGGUUUAUGUCUUUGCGCUGCCAAUAUAAUGCCUGCUAUAGUCAUAUUUUUACGUUGGUAUCAAGGAAAACGUUUUUCUGAAAUUCCUUAUAUUUAUAUGAUUAUAAUUAUUGGUAUUGUUUCAUGUUUUGUAUUGGCUUUCUUCUGGAAUAAAACUACCUAUUUAUUUGGUAGUGAACGAAGUUUAUGGUUGAUUGGAUGUGUUUUCACUUUAUGCAUGCUUGAUAGUACAUCAUCUCUUGUCUUCUUCGAUUAUAUAAAACGAUAUCGUGUUCGAUAUUUAACUGCAGUAUUUUUAGGCGAAGGACUCACAGGUAUAAUUCCUACAUUAUUAUUAUUAGCACAAGGCAGUGGAGGUGAAGCAAUCUGUGUACAAAGUGAUAAUGGUACUAUGUUAAAACCUACCUUUACUCAACCACGCUUCAGUGUCACUGUUUAUAUGCUUCUCAUUGCAAGUAUUAUUGUUGCAUCACUUCUUGCAUUUAUUAUACUACAACAUACAAAUAUAGUUUCAUUAGCUAAUGCUGCAGAACCGACGAAAUUCAAUGACACUACACUCAAUUCAACUUCAGAUGCUGGUGAACAUUGUCCUAUGGUUCCUACUGUCGAUUCAUCUAAACCAUCAAAACCAGACAAACAAAUAACUACUAGCUUGUUUAUUUUUCUUCUAUGUAUUAAUACUUACAAUUCAUUCGUUGCAUUUGGUAUUUUGCCUUCCUUAAUUACAUACAGUGUAUUACCUUAUGGACAAAAAGCAUAUUAUUAUAUUUGUUUACUUAGUCCUCUAGCAUAUACUCUAGCAUUAUUACUCAGUGUAAAAUGGGCAAAUAUACCAAUUUGUAUAACAAUCAUAGGAACACUAGUUGGAUCUAUUAUAGCUGUUUUUAUUAUAACUAUUGCUUUACAAAGUCCAUGUCCAUGGUGGGCAGAUACAUUACAAGGAGCUUUGAUUAUAGUAUCUGUUUGGUUUUCGUUGACAAUUAUUAUUGCCUAUCUACGAAUUACAACAGGUAGUGUUAUUAAAACUAAAUGGCCAGGAGAUAAAGGUAUGUUUUACUUUGGUGUAACCGUCCAAUUGGGAUUAUUCUUGGGUGCUGUUCCUAUGUAUAUAUUGAUCAAUUUUUUCAAUAUAUUCAAUGGUCGAAGACCAUGUGAAGUUUAUUGUAUAACAUAA